AUGAGCUCAGUGAAUUGGUCUAGAGAUGAUCAUCCUCUCUUCAAAAUGGGAAACUUCACCGUCACGAGAGCACAGUUCAAAUAUAUAACCUUCACUAUUAUUGGAGUUUCUUUAUUGUGGCCAUGGAACUGUUUUCUAUCUGCUUCGGCAUACUAUGGAGAAAGGUUUGUGGGCUCUCCUAGCUUGGCAAAGACAUAUUCGUCGACCAUGAUGACGGUGUCCACCAUCACCUCGCUCAUAUACAACUACUAUCUUUCUCAAGCUCAAACUGGAGCAAAUUACCAUCGCCGUGUAAACCUUGGUCUUGGAAUAACAGCGGCUAUCUUCUGCCUUAUGGCGUUUUCGUGUGUGUUGGAAAUCUUCUUGGCAAUGAACGAUACUGUCUUUUUCUUCGGUCUCAUGACGAUGGUUCUUGUUUCUGCCGCGGCCACUUGCUUGGCCCAAAACGGUACCAUGGCGUUGGUGAAUGUUUUGGGAAGCAUAUAUGCUAACGGGGUGAUGGUGGGACAAGCAAUUGCUGGAGUUCUACCCUCCGUUGCUCUCAUUGCUUCUCUUUUGAUUGUUGGAGAAACCAAGACAGAAGGAAAAAGGAACGUGGAAAGCAACUUUGGCUUGUUCUUGUACUACAUUACGGCGAGCCUUGUGUCUUUGGUGGGCAUGGGGCUCUUGUACAUUGUCGCAAAAAAGGGAGACAACGAGUACCGAGCACUCGAAGACGCUAGAGACGAAAAUGGAGACCAUAUUGGAGUGGGAAUUGGAGAUGGAGAUGUUGGAGGCAGUGGGGAGUAUGGCGAGGAACUAGAUGUCGGUCAAUCUCGCCAUGUACCGUUUCAUGUUCUUUGGUCAAAACUCAAGUACCUAGUUCUGACCAUAGUGACGACUUUUGCAGUGACACUUGUGUUUCCUGUUUUUGCAUCGAAUGUCCAAUCUGUCCAUGAGGGUUCAGGAUGGGUUUUCAAAAAAGCCAUUUUUGUGCCGUUCAUCUACUUUGUUUGGAAUAUGGGAGAUGUGUUAGGAAGAAUCCUCUGCGGCACACCUGGUUCUCGGCUAUUAAUUCGCAACCAAAAAGUUCUACUCCUAUACUCGGUUCUACGCAUAGUGUAUGUGCCAUUGUUCUUGACCUGCAAUGUCCACCCUGAGAAAGGAGCAUUGUUUGCCUCGGAUAUCUGGUACAUUAUGCUACAAUUCACUUUUGGAUUAUCCAACGGCCAGUGCUGCACUUCUGCAUUUAUGGUAGUUGGAGAUCACUGCGACGACGAUGAUGAAAAAGAAGCCGCCGGAGGGUUCACCACAGUUUUCCUCAGUUUUGGCUUGGCAUUGGGCAGUGUCGCUAGCUACGUUGUAGCUAUGAUGUAA